GGCCGCUUUUAAACACUAUCCAACACUUUUUUGGUUAUGUUUACGGAGCAAAUUAUUUUCGGUUUCCACGAUUUCAAGUGAAUUUUAAGCGAAGUAAAUAAAACUUAACCUACUUUUGGCAUGGGUCAGGUCCUUUCCAUGGUGGCCCGCCGUGCCAAUCGCUUCAAUGCCGAGAAUCGCGCCCAUCGCAUCCUGGAACGCGAGAAACCCACACCGGCGCCCAAGUUCGACUCCAAUUUGAGGGACAUGGAACGUACCUUGGAAUUGGAUCCCAAGUUCGUGGACAAGCUGAACCUGAAGGACUCCAGCUUGGACGGGCGAUUGAAAGACGUUUAUGUAACCUCGCAGGAUCGAUUUAUCAAGCGGGUCCAAGACCGCCAGGCUGCGGAGACUGCAGCGGAUCAGGCGGAGAAGAGAGCUCUGCCCCUGGAGCGUAAAACGCCGGAUGAUUUCGAAUACGGAUAUUUGGAGCCCACGCGCAUCACCCCCGGGCACUGCACGCUUCGGCAAGCGCUCAAGUUCAUCAAUGACCACCAGUUGGAUCCGGAAUCCUGGCCGGCCAGGAAGAUAGCCAAUGAAUACAAGCUUAAGGAGCCGCUUGUUGAAAACAUCCUUCACUACUUUAAAACGUUUAAUAUGUACAUACCCGAUCAGAAGUACAAGGACACGUUGCUGACACAAGCUACGCAGCCUCUUCUGAGGGUUAAAUCCAACCCGGAGGGUAAUCCGUAAAUAAAGCACUCUUGUUAUUUUGUUUUAAA